AUGCCCAAGCGGAACCCUAUUCUCCCAGCAGAAGUCUUACUCCUCACAGCUCGGCUGCUCGGACCGUUGGACUUGAUUCAUCUGGCUCAAGCUAUUCCAGGCAUUGAUCGCGACUACAAACCGAAGUAUUGGGUUCCAAUCACGGAUGAUACAGGAGAUACACUAUUUCACAUAGCCUCUGCCAAUGGAUGGGACGAUAUUGUCAAGUCUCUUCUGACCAAGAAAUUCGAACUCUCUAUUCAAAACAACGAAGGAUAUACCGCUCUCCACCAUGCAUGUCAGGCUGGAAAUUAUAGCGCGACAUGUUUGCUCUUGGAUGCAGGCUUAAGUGCGGAUAUUCCUGCAAAAAAUGGCAUGACCGCAUUGCAUUCAGCUAUUGCCAGGGAAAAUACAGCGAUUGUUCGGCUUUUGCUUGAAAGUGAAGCGGAUAUAUCGGUUGUCACAAAAGGAGACUAUUCCUUGUUAUUCUGGGCAAUAAAAUCGCAAAAUACAGAUAUCCUUGAGCUGCUUGUCUCUAAUGGCGCUGAUAUUACCAAAAGGAAUAUUUUUGGACAAACACCUUUAUCUUGGGCGGCUGCCAAUGGUAAUAUAGCAGCUGUGGACCUCCUUUUGAAGGCAGGCUCUGAUGCAGAGCUCAUUGACGAUUGGAUUCGAACUCCUGGUGACUUUUUGAACCUCCCGAGGUUUCUUUCUUUCGCCGAGAUACUCAAAAGUGUCCAACAACAUGCGAGCUAUGUGCUACCUUGUCGAAUUAUCUGCAGCAUAAUGAGAUGCUUAUCGACUUGA